AUGGCCGGCGACCCCCAGGAAACGUGGAGGCGGCUGCAGAUGUCGCUGAAGAAUGCGCAGCAGUCGGGCAGGCAAUUCGGCGGAGGUCCUGGCAAAAACGCUCUUGGAGGCGUUGCGGGAUUGGUUAUAUUGGGAGGGCUGGGCAUAGUAGCGAGCAAUGCGCUCUUCAACGUCGACGGUGGUCACCGAGCAAUCAAGUACACCCGGAUAGGCGGUGUUGGCAAAGAAAUCUACAGCGAAGGUACCCACAUCAAGAUCCCCUGGUUCGAGACCCCCAUCACCUACGACGUGCGCGCAAAGCCCCGAAACGUCGCCUCCCUCACCGGCACCAAGGACCUGCAGAUGGUCAACAUAACCUGCCGUGUGCUAUCCCGCCCGCGGGUCGACGCUCUGCCCCAGAUCUACCGAACCCUGGGCACCGACUACGACGAGCGCGUGCUGCCGUCCAUCGUGAACGAGGUGCUCAAGAGCGUAGUAGCGCAGUUCAACGCCAGCCAGCUCAUCACCCAGCGUGAGAACGUCAGUAGGCUAGUGCGGGAAAACUUGGUGCGGAGAGCGGCGAGGUUCAAUAUCAUGCUCGACGAUGUGUCUUUAACUCACCUCGCUUUCUCCCCCGAGUUCACCGCCGCCGUCGAAGCCAAGCAAGUCGCCCAGCAAGAAGCCCAGCGCGCGGCCUUUGUCGUCGACAAAGCCAGACAGGAGAAGCAGGCCACGAUUGUGCGCGCACAGGGUGAAGCCCGCUCCGCCGAGCUGAUCGGUGACGCCAUCAAGAAAUCGCGGUCGUAUGUCGAUCUGCGGGAGUUCGAGAACGCGAGGAACGUCGCGCAGAUAUUGCAGACAAGCCAGAACAAGGUGUACCUCGACUCGACGAACUUGGGCCUCAACAUCAGCCAGACGGCCGUGGACAAGGCUUCGAGGGCCCAGAAAUAG